UGUGUGUGCGCGAGCGUGCGUGCGUGCCUCUGUCUGUGUGUGUGUGCGCGCGCGCGCGUGACCCGCUAAUUCUGUUUACCGCGGAGCAGCUGAGCGCACUAGCACCAUGAUGGAUUACUGGAAGGACUAAAACAGAACCAUGCCUGCUGUGUUUUUUAAAAAGGGGGAAACGUGUAGGAAUUUGUGCAUGCUUCUGAACUCAUCACACGGCUGGUGCACUCCGUCAUCCGAGUCUCUCUGUGUCCCAGCAUGGCUCUCACCGUUUCUCCGUGCCGCGUUUGGAGCCGCCGGUGAAGCGCUCAGGAGCCGCCGGAACUGUAGGACUCUAAGCGGGUAGAGAUUGUACAGACUGAUGUCGGGAGCUGGAUAUGCACACACAUCAGCACCUGCUUGGAGGAAGAAGAGUUUGAAGAAGGUUCGAAAGGUGGUUCAUCACAUCAACCCCCUGAGGCCUUUCUGCUAGAGAAGAGCUGAUCUGCUUGGAUGAGACAUGACCCACUCCUGGCCUUCCCAGCAGCCCCCAGGUGGAGUGGGGACAGAACGAUUCCUGUAUUCAGAUUCAAAAGAGGGAAAACGCCACAGCACUCAGCAGAAACAAGUAAGGAAUGAUGCCCCUGUAAGGAUGCCACGUGUGGCCCCUCACAAAUCCAUGCUUGCUGACGACCUGAAGCUCAGUAGUGAUGAGGAUGACAGUGACAAGGGACCUCACCAAACCGCUUCCUGGUCCGAAAAUCACAAUCUGUCAGGGCAGCACACACACACAUAUGGCAGGAGGGCAAGACAUUCCAGCUCGGGCUCGUCAGGAUCUGAUUCCUCUAGUGAGUCUGGGAGCAGUAGCCAGCGGUCACGCAGCCCAAGCCCAGAACCACAGACUCAGCCUGAGAUCCCCAGCCAGCCACCGCCUCUUACCUUCAGCAAAGAGAAUCAGAGACCAUCCUUGACACACUGGCAGCUGGACAAGUGGCUUGAGAAAGUUCAUAAAACCCAACAGUCAGAUCACGACCCAGGAGGAGGUCACAGCUCUUGUGCAGGCUUUGAUUCUGAUAGAGGACCAUCUCCAGGAAGAUACUGGGAGAGAGAUUCUGGCCUUGGGACAAGAGAGAGCUACAGCCCAAACCAGAGCCCUGUCCCCAGCCCUAAGUUUGACUACAGCCCCAGGCAUAGUCAUCGAUCUAGUCCAGGGUAUAGCCCUUGUCCAAGCCCAGGAAUUAGUCCUGUGCCAAGCCCAGUGCCCAGUGUUUGUCCAAGCCCAGGUGCUAGCCUAAGAAUAAGUCGAAGUCCCAGUCCUUUACACCUUCACCCACCCAAAAGCCCUAGCCCGAGCCUCACCUCUGCUCCUGCCUCUCCAAGAAUCCAUUCCUAUACUCAGGUUCACCAGGAAAGCUCUAAGUUUACUACACAGGCUACAUUUACCUCCAGUCCUGUGCGUCCACCUAAGGUCAGACCAUGGUUACCACCAGACCAUAACACUCAACGUAUUAAUGACUCUAGACAAAAAGAUUCUAGACAACCUGCCCUAUCACAGCAUCAUUCCAAACACAACUCAACUCACAAAGACACUCCACACAAGUCAAAAUCCCAAAGCAGUGAAUCUAGAUCAAAAUCCAGGUCUAGUCCUGCUCCACAUCAGUCUCAGUCUAGUUCCAGGUCCAAUUUCAGCCCUAAAACAAAGGCCAGGCACUUGUCUUCCACUGACCGCAGCACUGACCGUAGCCACAGACCCAGUGAUCAUAAGAGCAAAUUGAACCAGACUUUAAAUUCCAAACCAAAGCCCAGCCCCACACCCAAAUUUAAGGUUGUGACCGAGACAAACAGUCACUCAGUCCACAGUUCCAGCUCUAGGCCACCACCUCGGCCCGCCCCAGAGAUUUCAGCCAGGUCUCUCUCAAAACCUAGCUCGAGACUCAGCCCUAGCACAAAACCCAAAACAAAAUCUAGAGAGGAAGCUGUUCCCAGCACUAGGACUUCUCAGAAGGAGCAAAAGCCAAGGGACCGAGAGCCAGAUUUGCAUAGCCGGGGUAAAGACCAGGGAAGGGCCCUGGUCCAAACUAUAGAAGCUCAAAGACACAGGAGACUGGCGGAGGAGCAGCUGAUAAGGCAACGCUGGGUCCGGAGUUCUGAGGAAGAGGAGGAGGAAGAGGAGAGGAGAAAAGAACAAGGAGAAAGAGAAAAGAAGAGAAGGAGGAGGAAGGAGCAUAAUGCUGAAUGGCAGGCGGUACAGCCCAAGCAGAGACCCCACACCAACAGUCAGCAUCAGCCCCGAACUGAAUACAGUGGACCUGAGCGGGAGGACCAGAAGAGGAAGAAGAGGAGGAGGAGCAGUGAAGAGCACUCCUCCAACCCUGGAGUUAUAGACUCCAACCCUUCUCCUCCACUAUCCCCACCCUCUCCUACUCCUGUCGUCCGCCCCAUUCGUCGACCUUUUACCUCUUCUUCCUCUUCGACUUCUUCUUCUUCCUCCUCGUCUUCCUCGGACUCAGACUCUGAGCCCAGUCCGCCCCCAAAUGUUGCUAAAGUUCCUGCGGACUCUACAUCCAGCCAGAAACCAAAGCAGAGGCAUCAGGAGCAAUGCAGACCCUCUGAGUUGAGAUCAAAUGAUGCUUCACCAGAUGAAGGGCAACAGUGUCCAGGCAAACACAAACUCUACACACUGGUGCCAUUUGGCCGUACUGAACAGUCCACCACUGUCUCUCAUAGAGGACUGAGGAAUCUGGUUGUCAAGAUAGACCUCUCACUUCUGGCCAGAGUCCCUAACACAAGUGAGGUCCCACACAGAGGGUCUUCAUCUUCAUCAUCAUCUUCAUCAUCAGCUAAAGCUAAAGAAAAGACCUCCAUGAGGCAUCAGUACCACCAAGACCAAGAAACUGGAGAUGCCAAAAGCAAACGGAAGGCUGAGAAUGAAGAGACUCAAAGGGAAAGUAAGAGAAGCCAUGUUCACACUGAAAAGCUCCCAGCUCCCACUCACUCAGCUGACAUAGAAAAGCAGGAGUCUCAUUCCAACAACAGGCAGAAUGAUCAUCGCGCGGAUUAUGUUUACACCAAGCGGCCACUGUCCCCACUCUCUCCUCCAUCUGCUUCAAAGAUGCAGCAUUCAGACAAGCAACACACAAACCCACCAAGAGACAGAGACUCCACUGUGAAAAAAACACAGAUACAAAAAGCUCGGCCCAAGAUUGAAGCGGAGUGUGCUGGAGUGUCAGGAAACAUACAGCCCACUUCUGGAACCUGGGCUCCUUCUGCAAAGGAAUCGUCCUGCGGAGGAACUGUGCCUUACACUGAUGUCUCACACCAUGCAGAGUACUACAUGCAUGAAGCCAAAAGAUUGAAGCAUCGAGCUGAUGCUAUGGUGGAUAAACUGGGGAAAGCUGUGAAUUAUGUGGACGCUGCUUUGUCCUUUAUGGAGUGUGGCAAGGCCAUGGAGGAAGGCCCUCUGGAAGCUAAGUCUCCUUAUACAAUGUAUGCAGAAACUGUGGAACUCAUAAGAUAUGCCAUGAGGAUAAAGAGUCACACAAGCCCUGGAGCCAGGCAGGAGGACAGGCAGCUGGCUGUACUUUGUUUCCGUUGUCUUGCUCUUCUAUAUUGGCAAAUGUUCCGGCUGAAAAAAGACCAUGCCCUGAAAUACUCCAAAGCCCUGACGGACUACUUCAAGACUUUACCAAAAGUGCCUCACAUACCACCUCCCUGGAACGAUAGUGCAAAGGGAAAUGUGCCUCCCACUUGCAUAUCCCCUGUUGGUUUAACUGGGUCCCAACCUGGCAGCUAUAUCACCUACCCUUUCAUCAACAUUCCCCAGCGUAUCCACCAGAUGGCAGCAAAUCACCUCAAUAUUACCAACAGUGUGCUUUACAGUUAUGAGUACUGGGAGGUAGCUGACACCUUGGCCAAGGAAAACAAAGAGUUUUUUAACUACCUGAACACACUGACUGGACCCCUGACCCUACACAGCAGCAUGGCUCAUAUAGUCCAAUACACAAGACAGGGGCUACAGUGGAUACGGAUCAGUGCCAAUUUGUCCUAGCUUUCAGACUCCGCCACCUCAUUGAUGGCUCUACUGUAUUACACACUGUAACCUGAACCCACAUUCAGCUUUUACAAAAGACAGUUCAUUUACCUUGAACCCAUUUUAAGAAUCCCAUUCCUCUAUUUGGACAAGUGUACAGUAUAACAGGACCUAAGAGUCUCUUGUGGAGAAGUUCAAUGAACUGCUGGUCUCGCUAACUUUUUUCUUGCAACAAUUAAGACGAAUCAGGGAAGCCUUCUGUCUUCGUAAGAUAACAGCCCACAACAAAUACGAACACGGAUUUGGAUAUUUGUUUUUUUUUUAUUAUUAUUAUUUUAUUGAAGUGGAGAAAGUGUCCCAUAAGAAAGUAUGAAUGUCUGUAGUAAUGUCACACAGCUGUACUUCUGUACAAAGAGCGUUACUUUGCCAAAUGUGCCACAUUUUUAUAAAAUGCGGUGAAGAAAUCAUUCUUUCUUUGUAAUACUAUGUUGAAUGAUGUGGCUUAAAUUAGUGAAGUGUUUUAUUUCAUUAGCUCUUGGCAUUUGCUGGCAUAUGUAUGUGAACAGGACACUUUUUUAGGUUGACAUAUUUUUGUAUUUUAUAUAAGUUCAUUUUGAUGUCCUUAAAGCACUGUGAAUGUUGUCAACAAUUUUCUAAAAAUGACUUUUAUAAAGAUUUUUUGUGCAGUAGUGUCUGU